AUAAGCCUAUAAACUUGAAAUCUAAGGUGACAUUGAUUGUACUUGUUACUUACUAAUCACUCCGAUUCCGAUCUCUCUUUUCUUCACCUCAUGAAUUUCUUCAAUUCCGUUUUCUCAGACGACCCAGAUCCUCCAAAACCCGAAUCCGAAUCCAACAAUGCGGACCCAGAUUCCGAUUCCGAUUCCGGCAACAACACCGGCGGCGACACUUGGAACUUCGGCGGCCUCAUCAAAACCCUAACAGCCAAAUCCGAAUCCAUAAUCGAAACCUACCGUCGCGAUCUGCAAGAAUUCAGCACCGGAUUGAAGACCGAGAUCGAGGUCGCACAAGGCUCCGUCGGCCACGUCAUCGACGAAUUCGGCAACACCGUCAUCAAAGGCACGGCUCAGAUCAUAUCUCACGGCAAAGACGCCAUCCUCGCCGUCAACCUCGAUUCCGAUUCCGAUAACGGCGGAAGCAGCAGCCACCGCAAGCAGGGUGGCGAGAAGGGUGAAAAGGGGUCGGGUUCUUCGAAGGGGUAUAGCAGGUUUGAUGCUCAGGUUCGUGCUAUUCAGGGUGAUGUGAACACUUACAGUGAGGCUCCUGAGGAUUUGGGCGAGUUUGAGAAAUGGAAAUCGGGGUUUUCGUUGGAUGGGAAAGGAGAUGAAAUUGAGGGUUUGUUUAGGGAGAAUGAAGCUAUGGAGAGUGUUUACAAAAGGGUUGUUCCGAAUGUUGUUGAUCAUGAAAGUUUCUGGUUUAGGUAUUACUAUAAGGUUUAUAGGCUGAAGAAAGCUGAGGAUGUGAGGGCUAGGCUCGUGAGGCGAAUGUCGAGGGAAGAGGAGGAGUUGAGUUGGGAUUUUGAAGAAGAUGUUGAUGAUGGGGAUGAGAAGGCUUAUGAAGGUGGAGGUAAACCUGAGGUUGGUGGUGAAAGUGUGGAGAAGAAGGUGGAUACCCAGUUGCAAAUUGGUGGCUCUGGUAGUGCUAACAAUGAGGGUGAGGCAAAGAGAAUGAGUGCGGAAGAGGUGCAGCAUUCAGGGGAGGAGGAGACUAAAGUGGAAGGGAAAGAUAGUUUCUUGCAAAGCAAGGAAGUUGGCAAGGAGAUGGAGAAGUCUGUUCGGGAAUUGCGAGAUGAGAAAUCGGAAGCUGGUAAUGAGAUGGGUGGUGGGUGUAAGGUAGCUACGGAGGAGGCUGGUGUGGACAAAGCAUCAAAGUCACUAGUCGGUGGUGAUGGUGCGAGCAAGAGUGAUUCUGCGGCUGAAUCUGAUGGGAAGGUGGUGAAGGAAAUGGAGGGUGGAGAUGGAAAAUCUACUAGGAAGAAUAAUGAGUCUUCAGUGGUUGAAAGUCAGAAGUCAGCAAAUGUGGAGGAGGAUGAGGAGGAGGAAGAUCUUGGCUGGGAUGAAAUUGAGGAUCUUAGCAGUGUUGAUGAAAAGAAAGUGAGUCAAAGUGGUAGCACAAGUCAAGUUGAUUUGCGCAAGCGCCUUAGUACUGCUGAAGAUGAUGAAGACUUGAGCUGGGACAUUGAAGAUGAUGAUGAGCCUGCUAAGGCUUGAUUUCUGUUCUGGUUUUUCAAUAGAAAUUUAUGUUUUAAGUGUCAUUAUGACAAAAAGGAAUUUGCAUGGGUUUUUAUAUUUUUAUAAAUUGGGUAGAAGUGAUAUUGUAAUCUGGCUUCUAUGGCUAAAAUGCAUGAAAAGCAACUGUCUUUGUAUUAA